AUGAAUCGUAAUCGUUCCCCUAGGAGUGAAGAGAGCGUUGGCUUCGAUCCAGAAGAAUUGGGAUUAAUAAAUCAUAUUAAAAGUGAAUUGCAAACUUUAAGAGAGGAAGGACGAUUAACUGAGGAAGAUGAAAUCGAAAAUUUGGUUUUUGAAGGCGGUGGUGUUAAGGGUAUCGCCUAUAUCGGAGCAUUACAAGUUCUACAAGAAUUAGGAAUACUAACGGAUGCCAAUGGCAACAGAAGGAUUAAACGGAUAGCUGGAGCUAGUGCUGGUGCAAUGCUUGCUUCUCUCCUUGCAAUAGGAUUGAAACUAAAAGAUAUUGAUUAUUUACUCAAUCAAAAUAUUAAGGGUAUCUUAGAAGAUCAUGCAUUAGGUUGCUGUAGCUUGCUGCCCAAUUUAAUCACCAAAUUUGGUUGGAAUCCCGGGCGAAGAAUUGAGCGCUGGUUCAGACAAAGGUUUAAAGAACUGAAUAUCGACUCAGAUAUCACUUUCGCUCAGCUAUUGGAACGUAAUGAUACCGAACUAUGUAUCGUCUCAACAAACUUAAAUCGGCUAUCUGCAGAUUAUCUACACGCAAAAACUACGCCAAACAUGGAAAUUUAUAAAGCAGUCAGAAUGUCAAUGUCUCUUCCUUUCUACUUUGCAAGAAUGCGUUAUCCUAGAGAAGAUUAUGAUGAAAGUGAUAUAUCCGAAAAAUCGUGUAAAUGCAUUCGUUGUUGGUGUUGUUGCUGUAUAUGUGGUGGAUGGGAAAAGGGUUCAUCUAGGAAAGAUAUUUACGUUGAUGGUGGCUUAGUGUGUAACUAUCCAAUACACGUUUUCGACGGAUGGUGGCUUUCCUUAGAAGAGAAAAAUCAUUUCGUUAAAAAACUUAGACCAUUCCAUACGAGAAUUGAUGAAUUAUAUGAUGACGCUGCCAGAUUUGGGACAGAAUGCAACUGGAAAACAUUAGGGCUACUAUUAUAUUCAGCGAAUGAAGCGGAAAUAUUUGCAAAAAAAUUAAUAGAAAGAGAAGCUUCGUUAUUUCAUCGGUGCAAAGAGAAUAACCCCUCUAUGCCUAAGCAAUCGGAAUUAGAUAAAUACGCUGUAACUGAUGGAAAUAGACCAUCGUAUUAUCGCCUGGAAGAUGUACAAGAAAUUUUAAGGAAUUUAGACAAUACUGCAAAGUCGAAACUACUGCGUCGGGGUGGUGAAGUUGACUUCAUGAAAAAAAUUAAUCCGAACAAUGAUAAUAGGGUUGAUCUGAAUGAGAUUCUUGGAUAUUUUCGUUCUGUUGGUGUAAAUUUGAGGACUGGUCAUCUUGGGUUUGAGCGGGUCAACAUAACCAAACCCUCUGAAUACGUGUCAUCGUUAUUGGACACACUAGCAAUGAGUUCUAAAAGGAGAUUUGUAAAGGGUGUGGAUGUACAUAGAACAAUUGGAAUUAAUACUCACCAUGUUGGAACAACAAAUUGGUAUAUGGAUGAGGCAGACAAAAAGUUAUUGAAAAAGAUAUUUAUUGUUAAAGUGUUUAUUUUCGCUGCAAGGUUUAAGCUAGAUGUUAUGCGAAGCAAUCUACUUGUACUACUAAUACUAAUUAUUUGCACUACUGUCGAGCGGGUUGAAACCUUUCGGCCUGUCGACUUGCUCAAUAUAACAAUUGUAUAUUAUGUUUACAUGAUACAGUUAUUCCAGUGUUGA